AUGACUCGUCUGCGUGCACUCAACCUUGCACGAGUCUACCAUCUAUCCACAUCGACAUCCGCCUUGCUACUUGCAUCGAGCCGACCCAUCCCACGCGGCCCUUACUCGCCACUCGCUGAUCAACAUCGUAGCUACAGCAAGAACGCCAUGGCCAAGCUGGGACUUCACGCUGCGGACGUGGUGGAUUACACCGAAGCGGCCCGUUCGCUGUCGGGCUACAAGACGACGCUGCGUCAGCCGUACCCUACCAUCGAGCCGUUCGAGACGGGUCGUCUGGAGGUCGAUUCGCGCCACACGAUCUACUACGAAUGGAGUGGCAACCCGAAUGGCUACCCCAUCGUAGCACUGCACGGUGGACCUGGUGGAGGCGUGUGGUCGGAGGAGCGACGAUGGUUCGAUCCUGCGCACUACCGCAUCCUGCUCUUUGACCAGCGCGGAGCGGGCAAGUCGACGCCGCACGCUGAUCUGGUGGACAAUACGACGUGGCAUCUUGUGGGCGAUAUCGAGAAGCUGCGCGAGAAGUUCGGGAUUGACAAGUGGCACGUGUUUGGUGGGUCGUGGGGGUCGACUCUGUCGCUUGCGUAUGCACAGACGCACCCGGCGCGCGUAUCGGCGCUCAUCCUGCGCGGCAUCUUUACACUGCGUCGAUCGGAGCUCGAGUUCUUCUACCAAAACGGAGCCUCUCACAUCUUCCCCGAACAGUGGCAGACGUACCGCGAUGGAAUCCCCGAAUCCGAACGCAACGACUUUAUCACCGCCUACAACAAGCGUCUCACAUCGGACGAUGCCGAAGUGCGUCUGGACGCUGCACGUCGUUGGAGCACAUGGGAAAAUGCUACGUCCAAGUUGUACAUUGAUGCCAACAACCUCGCCAAGGGUGAGGAGGAUGACUGGGCUUUGGCAUUUGCGCGUAUCGAGAAUCACUACUUUAUCAACGCCGGGUGGAUGCAAGAUGGUCAACUCCUCAAAAAGGAGAAUAUCGACAAGAUCCGACACAUCCCCGCAACCAUUGUGCAGGGCAGAUACGAUGUCGUCUGCCCCGCUACGACCGCGUGGGAUCUGCACACCGUAUGGCCCGAAGCAGAGUUCCACAUGGUCCCCGACGCUGGUCACUCGGCAAAGGAACCCGGUAUCGCCAACCACCUCGUCCAAGCCACCGACAAGUACCGCUCCAUCGCCUAG